AUUCUAAUGGUUACUCAAAGUGACCCAGGAUCCGAGAACUACGGAAUUGCCAAUGCACAUACUAUGCUGUGUCAAAUGUAUGAUCCAGGACUGCAAGGCACAUUGCAGCACCGGUGGAUGCGCAGCAAAAAGAAUGUUAUGCCUGAGAUUGCCUGGUCUCAGGUAUGCCAUCAUUUCACUCCCAGCUAUAAAAUACUAUUGGACAAAGGUGUGGAAAGUGGUUGGUAUGACAGCGAUAAUGUUCUUCAGGUCAUGGUAUUUCGGUGGGUGUUCAUCCCAUGGCUGCAGUGUGAAUUAGACAGGUAUCAAGACCGUGUCAAUAAUACUGCGAAAAGACAUGAUCGUAACAAGAUUUUGCCUCAUGGUGUGCCGAACCUAAUCUAUGACUCCCCCAAAGACUUCGGGGCAAUGGACUUUAAGGCGGGUUUUAUUUACAGCAUAGACCAUGUACAACACAUGUAUGUCAAGCCUGACCAUCCCGUAUUCAACUUGGUGCCUUGA